CGCUCCAUUCAUCCUCCUAAUCACAGCGAAGAAACAAAUAGGUGGCGUUUCUCUGUUGAAGUACAGUUUACCCGUCCAACCGCAAGUCACUCGAGCGAUAGAUAAAAGACCAGAUAGUUUUCUCACGAUACCUGGAGAGGCGUAGAAAGAUGGGGAAACAUAACAGCAAGCUUGCUCCUGAGGUGCUAGAUGACUUGACCAAGAGUACAGAGUUCAACGAAGCGGAGCUGAAGCAGUGGUAUAAGGGAUUCCUGAAGGACUGUCCGUCUGGCAUCCUCAAUCUGGAGGAGUUCCAGCAACUCUACGUCAAGUUCUUUCCCUAUGGUGAUGCUUCCAAAUUCGCCCAACAUGCAUUCCGGACAUUCGAUAAGAAUGGUGAUGGCACCAUCGACUUUAGAGAGUUCAUCUGCGCCCUGUCUAUCACGUCCAGAGGAAGUUUCGAGCAGAAACUCAACUGGGCCUUUAACAUGUACGACCUAGAUGGAGAUGGCAAGAUCACACGAAUGGAGAUGCUAGAGAUCAUUGAGGCGAUUUACAAGAUGGUUGGCACGGUGAUCAUGAUGCGUAUGAACGAGGACGGACUGACCCCACAGCAGCGCGUGGACAAAAUCUUCAGCAAGAUGGACAAGGACCACAACGAUGAGAUCACGCUGGAAGAGUUCAAAGAGGCAGCCAAGAGCGACCCGUCCAUUGUUCUUUUACUGCAGUGUGAUAUGCAGAAGUAAUGAGGAGAGAAUGAGAGCAAGGGGAGUGGGGUGGUGGGUGUGGGGAGGGGAGGUUAACCUUGUACAGAUUUCUAGAGAGAUGUAUGCAAUAGAUGAUGAGAGAAAAUGUACAUAUGGUUGGAAUUAGGGAUGCACCGAAAUUUCGGCUGCCGAAAAUUUUUGGGUGAAAGAAAAAAACUGGCCGAAAUAUCCAGUGCCCGCGCUUCCCUUCAGUGCUCGCGUUCACUCUCUUACUAGCUGUUAUCAAAGGACAAUCAUGUAAGCGCGCCAUAACAAAGUCUAAAACUAAUACAUAUAACAAUAAAAGCUCAAAACCAGCGAACAGAAAAUUACAUGCAAGCUCACGAGCAUUGACUCGUGCUCGUUUUAAAGCCUAACUUUAAACGCAACAGACUCUUCACAGACGUGAAUGACCAGCAGAACGAACUGUCAGUAACUGAUGAUGUAGCUCACGUGGACCGUCAUCCGGCAGGUGCUGACAUCACUGAAGCUCAUGUUAUGCCUGUUUACAUGAAAAGAUUCACUGUCCCUCUGUGUUCUGCCUGUUAUUUUCAUUAAAAUGAUUGUGCACCAUAUAUAAACUUCUUACAUGAGUUUGAGUUUAAGUUUGACUAUAACUUGUAAUUUUUUACCAACCAUAUAAACAUUGUAGUUCUAGAAUUAUUAGGCCUAUAUGCAUAACAAGGAAAAUUAUAUUUGUUGUAUUGUUUUAAAAUAUGUUCUCCUUAAUUUUUGUGGUCUUAGUGUGUGUUAUUAAUAGAAUUCAAUAAAAACUAUUUCAAAGUUUUUAAAACGAAUUUUCGGUAUCAGUUUUCGGCCCAGAAUUCUCAUUUCGGUGCAUCCCUAGUUGGAAUGCAUAGAUUUGGCUUUAUUGAUGUGAUAGAGAUGGCCAAAUAACUUCAUGGAGUUGGAAUGAAAUAGUAAUGCAAGACAGAUAUUUUAUCCUGCAUCAUCUGAUACACUUGUUCGCUCUGGCUGCUACAAAGUCUCUUGAGAAAAUCACAAACCGUCAGAAAGUUUCAAUGAUGGAAUGAUGAAAUACAGAAUUUAUAUGCCAGUCCUAAUUUAGCCCAGGGUAACCCAAAGCCCACCCUUAAAAUUUUGUGCUAAACCUUGUGAAAUGUACAGCACACACAUUCUUAGAAUGCUGAUAUGAAAAAGUGAUAAGAUUAAGUAAUAUUGUCACAUCAGUGGUGACUGAAUGCAUAUUCCGUUACAGUCAACGAACGUUUAGCAUGCCCAUCUACUCAAAUGGGAUACAACUGAAAUCAUACCAGAAAGGAAAGGGUGUCGUUUAUUAGAUAGAAAACAGACGAUAUGUGUACAUGACAACAUUUUGUACAUAUGCCUUUACAACACAUGCUUACUAUGUAAAUGUUGUUUCUCUAUCUUAGAAAUGCUUUCAUAAUCUGACACAGCUGCAAUGAUUUGUAUGCUUACACAACUAUAAUGGAUGUAUAGGGGUUUGUCUGUCUGCGUGUGGAGGUGUAAAGGAGGUAAAUGAAUGUGUAAAUUUUCUUCACUGUAAUUUGGUGUGAAAGAGUGUGACUGUUUGAUAGCAUGUGAGACAACACAAAUGCCUCAAUCUUUGUAUUACUUAUUUUCCCUGUACCUUUCUCACACCAGUCAUAGAAGUAUUAAGCUGUUGUGUUUGUUGUCAACUAUUGUGGCUGAUGAGCUGUUGUUUGUCACGAGAGCUUAGUUUUCUGCCCACUAACGUUUCACAAUCUUAGCAGGUGUCACUCGAGGAUAUUUAAUUUUUAUGGAUAUUGUCAAUGUUCGACGACCAUGUACUUUUCUUGUUUUUGUAAUAUACAUUACGUGGACACAUGUAAACCAGACACAGAAUGUUUAGUACUUGUCAACGUCACUAUGCCGCAAUACCUUCUGAUAUGAAAAUACUGUUGCACUGAGUAGUUGAGUAGGCAAUACAGCUUCAGUUUUAGACUUCCUCGCUGUGGUGAAAAAUACUAAUCGACCAUUUAUUUCACUUUGCCAGGUUAACCUUUCAAGACUUAAGUUUGUAUUUUUGCUCAAUGUACCAGAAUAUCACACUGAGGAGAAACUCACAAAACAUUGUGCUACAAAUCGUCUUUCGCACAUUUUGGUGCAUAUCUUGUGAUGUCACACCUAUGGUAACAGAAGCUACAAGCUACAAGUGGAACAUAUAAGGUUAUUGUGUCAUAACUGCCUUUAUGCUACCUUGUGAAAUAUGAGUUAGAUGUUGUUCGUACGUUCACACACCUGUUGAAAUCUGUUUGUUGUUCAUGUAUGUCACAUGUGCUACAAUCAAAUUCUAUUGGAGCUCCUUUGAAGUCACUGAAUUGAAAUACUAAUACAUUGUAUGGGCAUUACUUAAAGCAACACUUUGUAGUUUUUUUUACCUUAAAAUAAUGUCUCUAAAAUUAUUUCAGUGGUAAAACAACUCUUAACUGGAUGAAUAUAGAGCGAAAUUUGUGCCUAAACUAAACAAACAAAUCCAGCGUUUUGCAAACAAACGCAACAUUUUUGCAAAAGAAACUCAACUCUGAAACAAACAGAAAGCGUUUUACAAAUACUUAAUGCAAUUUGAGAGAAAAUGCAAAGGUGUAACAUAAAUGUACUGUGUUUAAAGGAGACAUCAGAUGAAAACCCCACUUUUUCUGUGUUUAAGUGCUAUAAUUGGGGCCCUGGUGCAUCUAGCAACCCAGAAAACGUAAUACAUUAUACAUGUGCGUUAAUAUGUUUAGCUGCGGCAAGCUGUUUGUUUUGCUAAUGAACAGGGGUAAACACUGGGGUUAGUUUCAUUUUAAACGUCUCAAAUCAUUCGUGUUUAGGCUGAAAAAUCUGUCACAGCAAACUAACUCUCACGUUGUGUGUGUAACAUUAUACUGUAACUUGUCAAUGACAACCGCAAAAAUUCAUGUAAUUCGGCUGAGAUCUGCAGUGGAUUCCGUGGAUUUUAGGUAAGCAUACACGCACAACGUAAGCGCAUUCGGAUGUGCUGUUUGCUGUGACUGAUUUUUUUGUCUCCGGACGAAUUAUUUGAGACAUUUAAGACGAAACUAACCACAGAGGAAUUCAAGAAAUAUCAUUUAGCUAAACCAUUGCCAUGGCAGUUACUACAGGUGUGUUGUGUUGACACGCUGGACAGAAGGGGGGUGGAGUUCGCUGUAACUCAUUACCAGUUAAAGAGACAUGCACCAAAACGGGUUGCUGUGAGCAUAGCUGUUUUUGACGAGGCAAGAAGGGUUUUGUUUACUCAGCAAUUGAGUGUUUUUAAGCAAAAUAUGUUCCAGACAUUUCAUGAAGACCCUAAUAAAUCAUACCAACUUGUUGAAAGUUCUCGUCUGAGGAGACCUUUAAGACACACCUUUUUAUGAGAUUCUCGCAACUUGAUUUUCUCAUAAAUGUGACCGUGCAGAUUUUCUCACAAAUGGGAUAAUGCAGAUUUUCUCACAAAUGGGAUGAGGCAGAUUUUCUCACAAAAGCAUAUGCAACUUACUCUUACAAAACACCAGGUGGUGCUAUUGGGUAUUUUACACUAGUUUCUAGGAAGAAGCCUUGAACAUUACCUUGCGUGCCACCCUUGCCAGUGCCAGAAACUGAAUUACGACAAAUUUCAUUCAUCAAGUUUCAUUCAGUAAGUCUCAUGAAAUAUUUUGAAACUGUUAAUCAUAUUCAGUUGCUGUUCUUAAUAACAAACAAUAAAUUAUGCAUUUAUGUAAAUUAUGUAACAAACCUGGAUGCAUUUGCAAUGUUGUCACCCCUUACACCACGUCUCGUUCUCUCGUUCUUGUUUCCCAACUGUUUACAUUCACAAAACAUGCUACUUUUACAAGAAUAGUUUCUAACAUGGAAAUUGUGACAUAAUUUUGUGUUUAUAUGUCAAUUUUUGAGUAAGACGACAUGAAAGAGAUUCCAGUUUAGUAUUUUGCGCUCUAUCUGAGAUGCGACUCUGGUUCUUAGUUUGCAUUGAUACAUAUGUUUGACUUUUACCCAUAGCGACUCACAGAUAAAAAGUAUUUAACAUUAUGUCUAACAUUUUGUAUGCUUUUGCAGGAUCGUUGAUGAGCUUUAUACAGUACUGUAGUAUAAUGCUUAACGUUUAAACACCCUGUUGUAAAUGUUGUUUUCUUCACACUGUAUAACACAUUUAGUUAUUGUUGCUGUUUUUUACCUUAGCCAGGAAAAUUCUUGCAUUCUGCAGUCAAAACAUAUUUAUUUUAGUUGCAAGAGUGAGCGCUUUACUCAGCUGUUCUGUCGCACCCGGCUUUUGGUGAUAGAUAAACGAAUGGCAGAGGGAGGGGGGGUGAAACGGAGUGGCUGGAUGCACUGCUUGAACAAUAUAACAUUAAUGCGCAUCAAAGUUUAAAUAUAAAUGAAUAAUUUUGCCAGUUGCAGCAGUGCAACCAUUAAGAAAAACUGGUCGAAAUGAAAAAUAGUUGCAAAAUGGAACCAUUUGGUCACACUCUAGACUCUAGAGCACUGGCAUUAAAGUAGAGAGUUUUCUAGGCUAUAAAAGAUGAAAAAGCACAUAAAUCGUUGUGGGAGUUGUAUCAGUUAGUCGUCUACAUUGUUCGGUUGCCGUUAGUCUAUUUAGGUUUAAAAAUAAUGCUGCUAUUUUAAGGCUAUUUCAAGCUAAUUGGGCAAUUUUUGAAAUAAAAUAAACCAGCACAAAAAACAGUAAUGUAAAUGUAAGUUAAACAAUACAACCAUAUGCUGUUUUGGGAGAAGUUGCAUAACUGCAUUUGUGAGAAAAUCUGCAAGGUAACAUUUUUGAGAAAAUCUGCAUGAUCCCAUUUCUGAGAAAAUCUGCAUGGUCACAUUUGUGAGAAAGCUGAGAGAAUCUCAUAAAAAGGUGAGUCUUAAACAGUACAUUUAUACGUUACACCUUUGCAUUUUCUCUCAAAUUGCGUUAUGUAUUUGUAAAGUGCUUUUUGUUUGUUUCAGAGUUGAGUUUCUUUUGCUAAGAAGGUUACGCUUGUUUGCAAAAUGCUGGAUUUGUUUGUUUAGUUUUGGCACAAAUGUCGCUCCAUAGAACGAAUUCUACCAACCACACUCUGUAAGUUCUGUGUUCGGGUCAUACACAAAGCCUUUCCCAUCCCCUGCCUGUGGAAGAGUGCAAAAUUGUUUCCAAACGGCGUUUCUGCAUUCGCCGGUUUCAUCAGUUUAGUCAACAAGUUCACGUGUAUUGCACUGCCCACAGUAAACAUUAUUUACGAUACUAGUAACAGACAAUUGCAAUUAUCAACCACAUGGGGGAGCCGUGAGCUAAAGUUCAAUAGUGUGGCUUUAACAUAUGCAUUUUACUGAUUGAUUUGAUAAGAUUACAUUCCUCAGCAAUGGCUAUAGGUAAUGAUCUCAUGAAGUGCAAAAGUGGCCCUUUGGCUUUUAUGUACAAACAAUUUAGUACCACAUUGCACAAAAAACAAUGUUAUGAUCUGGUCAUGUUUAUCUGUGCCAAAGACUAUGAAUCGUAAAAUUGGAUAAUUUAGAAGUAUGUGUAAAAAGAUCUGAAUUUGAAAUAUUUACAAGAAUAUUAACAUUGACUGAUUGAAAAUUGUUAUUCAAAAGCUAAAAAUUAAACUCAUGAUUAUGUAACAUUUUACAGCAAAUUCCAUCCCACAGUACUUAAAAGGGAGUAAUUGUAGUUGUGCAAUACACAACUUUUGCGUGCUCUGUAUUUCUACGUAUAUGUCUGGUUUCGGUUCACUUUUUCAAUAUUGUAAAGCUCCUUGAACAAAGACGUGUAAUUAUUUUUGUUAAAUUAUUAAAUAAUUAAAUAUGUGGAUGUCUACUGAA